AAGGAACUUUCAGUACCGAUUCGGUUUCCAACAUGCGACCGUCUAGCCUAAUUCCAUACGGGACCUUUCUAGUCCUGAUUCUAACAUGCUGCACUGGCUCAGCAGAGAUCGACCCAAAGCAGAUGUGCAUCCCGGGAACGAUUCCAGCCAUUAAAACUGACACCGUCCGGACACUGAUUCUUUGCUACGUGUAUGGAUGCCCGGAGGAAGUUACCGACAUGAUUGCGAAGAACUUCAACGUUUUGCAUCACUACGAUAUGCAUCCGGAAAUGCUUAGUGGGAAUGAAACGGCUCCGGCAGUGCCAGCUAGUACCACAAGUGCUGCUGCAGAGACUACGACAGCAGCUCCUGGAGCAGAUACACCCGAUACUACUACUACUACUGUGGCUCCGUCCGCAAGCAUUACAACGCCGUCGAAACCGGCCGUUGAAGAACCGCCUAUACAUAUUCUCUCUAAGCUGGCUAAGCUGACGUCGGCCCUCGAGAAAGAUCGUGUAGCUGCUCUGGCAGUUUGCACGGACUGGAUGUCAUUGAUGAACAAGCUGCUGGUAGACCUUCUACAAAUUGAUGUCAAGUGCUUCCUAGAGCCGGACCCGAAAUAUCCACCGGAUUUCGACGACGGGGCAGAAAUCGACUGUGAUGAGAUGACGGUCUACAUGAAGCAGCUGCAAAAGUACUUCCGCGGUCAAUGCGACUCGAAAGGAGAAAAUUGCAACGAAAAGCUGAAGACCGCCGUCAGUUGGUUUGGCAGGGCGUACAAGCAGUUGGGCAGGACUUGCUACUAUGAUGCCUACGACUAUCUGGACAAAUGAGAAUUUACGGAUUAGUUUUUUUUUUGAGAAUGAAGGCAAUGUUAAACAAACUUGUGUAACAAUGAAUGUGUGGUAAUUUUCUUUAAAUAAAAGUUUAAAAAUAUAGUACCAACAAAGAA